AUGAGUAGAAAUGUAGAUAAGGCUAACUCGGUCCUCGUACGAUUUCAAGAGCAGCAGGCAGAGUCCGCAAGUGGAUAUAAAGAUUAUUCACGUUACAAGAGGCCCAAGAACGUGUCCAAGGUAAAAUCUAUAAAAGAGGCCAAUGAAUGGAAACGACAGGUAAGCAAGGAGAUAAAACAAAAAAGUACAAGAAUAUAUGAUCCUUCUUUGAAUGAAGUGCAGAUUACCGAACUUAACGACGAACUGAAUAAUCUUUUUAAAGAAUGGAAGAGAUGGCAGUGGCACAUUGACCAUACACUUAUGGAAAAAAGAACCAAGAGAAAAACAUUAGAGGACAGUCAUGUGCUAGCAAAUUCGGGGAAGCUGAUAAAUGGUAAGAGAUAUUUCGGAAGAGCCCUGGAAUUGCCCGAAGUGCAAGAAUGGCUCAAACAGUCUCAAAAGCAAAAUGAUGUGAAUUCCGUAAAUAUCAAGCGCAUACCGAAGAACAAAAACGAUUUUUAUUACCACGGUAAAGUCACAGCCGUUCUAACCGAAUUUGAGACCAACUGGACACCCAUUUUGAAAGCACAUUAUAAUGUGCCUGUGAAUGAGAAUGGAGAAGAAAGGGCAUGGCAGACACAAGAAAUUCAUGUACCAACGUUGGCUGAUAUGGAGCAUUGGUUAGUGCAGAGAAGAAAGAAGAAACUGAUGGAGGAACUUAACCUCUAA